AUGUCUAACGUGAGGGCAGAGAUCUUAGCGGCGAGUCGUUCGCGAACGGGUUGGCAGGACUCGAGGCCAUUGCCCGCCGACAGGAGACCAAUCAUCGACUCUUUGAGACUUAGUUUUGAAGACAAGACUCAUCUCGAGACCAGAAAAGAGACCGCAAUUAACACAUCCAUUACAUCCAUAACCACUUCCAACACUGCGGCCAUUGAUUGCAAAAAUGGCCGAAAGUUAGGAUCAAAAACUCAAGUAUUAAAUGGUAAUAAAGAGAAACUCAAAAAUGGAGAUCAUAUCCAAAAAGUGAGCGAAGAAUCGGCCAAAAAGAAUGCAAUAAAUACUUCCAAGUCUUUAGUUGUGACCAAAAAAGUCGAGUCCAAUACUAGUUGUGUGACAUCUGUGGCCAACAAAGGAGUCAGUCCUGCCAUUCGUCGCACAGAGAGUCGGGUUUCGCGCUUUAAUAACGCGAAAGCAAUCUUUGAAAAGCUUCAGACAAAUGAAACCAAGAAAUCGGAGGCAAAUGAUAUGCAGAUGAAUGAUGGCUUGAAUGGUGCCAACGAUGCCAACACUUUUCAUCCAAAUAAUGACACAAUUGAUGAAGUGAUUGAAACUCUGGAGGACUCUUGUAAUCAAGAUGUUCCUACACUUCCUCCGAAGUCGUCGACUGAAAUGUAUAACAAUAAGAAGCGAAUUGUUGCCAAAACUACUUAUACUAAUAAUGAUCACAAUCUCUCUAAUAAUUUACAAAUGGGUGACGAGUCUAAAGACAACAGUAAUGGCUAUCGAAUCAAUGAUUGCAUACGAAGACCAUUGAAUUUGUCGAGAAGUGUCGAUCAAAUCGAAGUUUGCGAAGACUCGCCUCCAGUUCCUCUUCGGCGUUACAGUUCAAUACCGUCGCAGCAAUUAGUUCCAGAUGUGGUCAGAAGUCAAGACGUGGAGAACAAACGAAACACUUAUCCAAACAUAAGUAAUUCAAAAGCGACUGAAAAGUUAUCAAAUUUGUCGGCCAAAGAAGAACUCAUCGAUAAAAUAGUUUUAGAAAUCUCUGACAAUCAGAAAGAAAUCUCGACUCAAAUUCAGACCAAUUAUCAAAGUCUUCCCGAUUUGAACAGUUGUGACACAUCAGGCAUUCCCGACAUUUUAGACUUCGAUGAAUGCUUUAAUGACGUGGAAAUGAUGACCGAAGAAGAGGCACAAAAACUUUUGAGUCGGAAGUCAUGGCAAGACUUGUUUACAGAUGAACAGAUCCAGAGAGAAAUGGAAGGCCUUUUACGGCCUCAUAAUAGGGAAACGGAACCAAUUGGUGAACAAAACUGUGUCGAAGAUCUGAAACAAUUGGAGUCAAACGGAAGAAUGAAUGGCGAAACGCCAACCGUUGAACUCAUUGAUAAUUUGAUCACUAUAUCCAAUGGAGGUCUCGAUGUCGAUGACAUGUGUGGCGGAGAAGCGAAUGCAGAGAAUGACUUGACCACUAUUCAUAGUGAGACCAGUAUUAUAUUAGACGACAUCGAAUACCAUCUUCUACCUGAUGGACACUUUUAUAUGGAAGCGCCGGGACUUCCAGACAAUAGUGACGACGAGAAUGAAGAUUGCGUUUCAAUGCUUUUAUGUCCGGUUCCGCCGCGAAAGAAGACAAGAGUUCGCUUUAGUUCGAAACCAAUGAAAGUUUAUUCCACUCAUUCCGUCGAAGACUAUGAUCGUCGCAAUGAAGACGUGGAUCCAGUGGUGGCUUCGGCUGAAUAUGAAUUGGAAAAACGUAUUGAAAGAAUGGAUGUCUUUCCGGUUGAGUUGAUGAAAGGACCCGACGGUCUCGGCCUUAGUAUUAUUGGUAUGGGUGUCGGCGCUGACGCUGGUAUUGAGAAGUUGGGAAUAUUUGUGAAGACAAUUACCGAAAGUGGUGCUGCAGAUCGCGAUAAGAGGAUUCAAGUGAACGAUCAGAUUAUAGAAGUUGACGGCAACUCAUUGGUUGGUGUGACUCAAGCGUAUGCGGCGUCAGUAUUGCGGUCGACGAGCGGAGUCGUCCGCUUUCUCAUUGGUCGUGAGAGGGAUAACAUAAACAGCGAAAUCGCACAAUUGAUUUCACAAUCACUACAAUCAGAGAACUGCACUGACAAUGGAUUCGAGGCACAGAAGGAUGUGUUGAUGUCAUCAUCUGAUUCGCCAACAAUUGAAGCCAAAGACGACGAAGAGAUGAACUCAAGUGAAUUUGAUUCGGCGUUUGACUCAAACUUUCAAAAUAGCGAAUCGAUUAACGAAACUAUUUUGUCGAAUAUAAGCGAAAGCAAACACUUCACGUCUACCGAAGAAAUGUCUGAAAUGGGAGUUUUGCGAAACAAAUUGCUUGAAUCAGAAUCGAAAAAUUGUUCACUAAAUGAUGAUCUCAUAAAACUUAAGUUUAAAUACGACCAGAAAGUGAGUGAAUUGCAGAACCAAUUGGAAGACGCUUUGGUUCAGUUGAAGCAAAACGAAUGCCAAGUGAACUGUUCUCGAAAAGAGGUCGAACAGUACACCAGACUUCUCGAUGAUAUGAGAACUCAAUUCAACGCUUUGGAGAAGAAAUAUCAUAAAUCAAAGAAAGUUAUUAAGGAUUUGUCGCAUAAAGAGUUGGGAAUCGCCGCCAAACCGGAUGACAGUCUUCUCUUACAACUGAACCAAAAGAGAGAAUACGUUUACAUCACUUUAGUUGAGGCGCUAAAAGAGCGCAUAUUAGUGUUGGAACGACAGCUUCUGGAGUUUCAGAGAUCUGUCGGAAUCAAUACCCAAAUGAUAUCUGAAACCAGUUUACAUCAAAUUAUUUCAGACGUUAUCAUUAAAACUCAAGCCGAAGAACAUGUGAAACAACUAUCAGCGCAACUCUUGAAACAAUUCUCUGAGACUACGUGUGAAGCGAACGCAUCGAGCGUUGGAUUUAAUGAAAAUCUGAAUUUAAGUCAAACAGAAUUACUGGAUAGCAGUGCUGCCAAACAGAAAGCAGGUCUCGCGAGUAAAGGCAGUCUCGCUAAUCGACAGCCGCCUUCUAUGCGCCGCCACUCCAGUACUGGUUCUGUGGAAGUGUCCAGUGAUGGCGAUUCCCCGCGAAGACAAAUCGUCUCUUAUCCCAAAUGUGAGACUGAAAUAGUGGUGAAGAGCGACCCGACCAGUCCUGCUAUCGAUCGACACAUGUAUUCGACGUCAAACCAAUUCUAUUUGCCAAUCGCUGAUAAGAGUGACCCUCAAAAUAAUAGGCGAGUGUCCAACACAUCAAGUCCUUCAAGUUAUAGCAGCACUUCGCCAAAUCCAUCUCAUUGUCCACCCAAUCCAACUCAACGCAUGUCGGCUCCGGUAUCACCCAAUUCAGUGCAUUCCUCUUCAUCGUCGGCAUCACUAAACAGUCCCAUCCAUGCAAUCGAUGACUACGAAAAUAGUCCCAAAAUCUAUCGACGAAACGCUCAUCCAAUCUAUGAGUGGAGUGUUGAGGAGGUGUGUCAGUGGUUGGUCGCACUUAACCUCAACUCUUAUAUUAAUAAAUUUCAAGAAAAUAAGAUUUCGGGGCCUUUUCUCUUGCAUUUAGACAGCACUCAACUUAAGAGUCUGGGCGUCACUAACAGUACGGACCGCUCACUUCUCAAGAAAAAGAUCAAAGAAUUCAAAGCAGAGGUCGAAAGAGAGCGAAAAGCAUUAGAAAAAGAGCAAAAAGCGAGGGAAAGGCUAAUGAAAAAAGAGGAUAAGUUUCGGAAGAAAUAAUUUCAAUGACGUCUGCAUAUCAUUCAGCCGAUUGUAUUUUGUGUUUUUGUGAUGAG